CUGAGAGGAUUUCAGACGGUGCAAUGUGUUUUCAACCUCUUGCCGCUGCUGCCACUUGAUACUGUGCUACGCGCAGGGAGAGGGGUUUUGCAAAAAUGGAUUUGUUCGAUUUUAAAGGAUUUCUUCUCUAAUAAGGAUCGCGUUGCACACAAAUAUGACUAAAUCCCCUAUUUGGUAAAUCUUUCUUCCCCCCCCCCCCCUUCCUCUUUGGGUUCCCUCCCGCCCGCCCCCACCCCUUCAGAGGAGCAAGCAGAGGGAGCUGAUGACGGACCCAUUAAUCCCUUCUUCAAUGCAUCAAAAGAAGCCGAAGGGCUGGAAGUCGCUGGGCUCGGAGUCCUGCAGGAAAUGCUUCGAUCUGCUUUUGGUUUUGUAUGAAACUGGUGACUAGGGGCUCGGCUCGCCCCGCCGCCGCCCGCCGGCACCUGGAUGCGCGGGCCGCCGCCGCCGCCGCCGCCUUGCCCGCCGCCGCGAUGCAACGCUUAUGGUGGUGCUGAUGAUAGCUCGGGUGUGAUGGGAUUGAGCCGGCGGUGAUUAUUUGAAGGCGGCGAGGGAGAGAGAGCGAGAGGAAGGGUUGCUCCGCUCUGCUGUGUGUGGGCUUCGGGAUUUUUUUUUCUUCUUCUUUUCCUACUUCCAUCAUCUCCCAGCCACUGGAAGUCCUCCCGUAUCUAAAUGGAAUUAGUGGAGACCGAAGCCCCUUGUGUAAGGAACAGACAUGACCCAUGGGCGCAGCUUCUUUCACAUUGUAGCAAGUCUAAUCAUCCUACAUUUGUCUGGGGCAACCAAAAAAGGAACAGAAAAGCAAACUACUUCCGAAGGACAGAAACCAGUGCAGUGUGGAACUUGGACAAAAUAUGCAGAAGGAGGCAUCUUCACUUCUCCCAAUUACCCCAACAAGUAUCCUCCUGACAGAGAGUGUGUCUACAUUAUAGAAGCUGCCCCUAGACAAUGCAUUGAACUACACUUUGAUGAAAAAUAUUCCAUAGAACCUUCUUGGGAGUGUAAAUUUGACCAUAUUGAAGUACGAGAUGGACCUUUUGGCUUUUCCCCAAUCAUUGGACGUUUCUGUGGGCAGCAAAAUCCACCUUUGAUAAAAUCCAGUGGCAGAUUCCUAUGGAUUAAAUUUUUUGCUGAUGGUGAGCUGGAAUCUAUCGGGUUUUCUGCUCGGUAUAAUUUUACCCCUGAUCCAGAUUUUAAGGACCUUGGCGUUUUGAAACCAUUGCCAGUUUGUGAGUUUGAGAUGGGAGGACCUGAAGGAAUUGUGGAAUCUGUACAAAUUGUCAAAGAAGGAAAAGCUUCUGAAACUGAAGCAGUAGACUGUAAAUGGUACAUCCGAGCACCACCCCGAUCCAAGAUCUAUUUGCGAUUCUUGGACUAUGAGAUGCAGAAUUCCAAUGAAUGCAAAAGGAAUUUUGUAGCUGUCUAUGACGGAAGCAGCUCUGUGGAGGAUUUGAAAGCAAAGUUUUGCAGCACUGUUGCUAAUGAUGUAAUGCUGCGGACAGGUCUCGGUGUGAUCCGCAUGUGGGCAGAUGAAGGCAGUCGAAGCAGCCGAUUCCAGAUGCUCUUCACAUCUUUCCAAGAACCCCCUUGUGAAGCCAACACAUUCUUUUGCCACAGUAAUAUGUGUAUUAAUAAUACAUUGGUCUGCAAUGGACUCCAGAAUUGUGUGUAUCCUUGGGAUGAAAACCACUGCAAAGAAAAAAGAAAAGCUAACCUAUUGGACCAACUUACCAAUACCAGUGGGACUAUAAUUGGGGUGACUUCUUGCAUUGUGAUCAUCCUCAUUGUUAUCUCUGUUAUAGUACAGAUCAAGCAGCCUCGUAAAAAAUUUGUCCAAAGGAAAACAGACUUUGAUCAAACAGUGUUCCAGGAGGUCUUUGAGCCUCCUCAUUAUGAGUUAUGCACCCUCAGAGGGACAGGGCCUACAGCUGACCUUGCUGAUGUUGCAGAUGACUUUGAAAAUUAUCAUAAACUGCGGCGAUCAUCUUCAAAAUGCAUUCAUGACCAUCACUGUGGAUCACAAGUGUCUAGCAUUAAGGGCAGCCGUAGUAACCUCAGCACAAGAGAUGCUUCUGUCUUGACAGAAAUACAACCCCAGCCUGUAAAACCACUCAUUCAGCCCGUGAACAGGAGAAAUAUCCUUGUCAUGAAGCAUAGCUACUCACAAGAUGCUGCAGAUGCGUGUGAGAUAGACGAAAUUGAAGAGGUACCAACCACAAGUCACAGGCUGUCCAGACAUGAUAAAGCUGUUCAGCGGUUCUGCCUCAUUGGGUCUCUAAGCAAACAUGAGUCUGAGUACAACACAACUAGGGUCUAAGAGACAAACUCAAGACUGCUUGAGAAUAGUGCGCUCCUGGGUGAUUUUGAACAUGCUACAAUGAAAUGUGAAACUAUCGUCCUUGGAAACACCAGCUAGAGGUUUUAUGGACUCUCUGACCAGCUAAUCUCAUAUCAUGACAAAAUUCAGCAAACAGUGUUGAGUAAAAUUACUAGAAGGCAAUAAGACUUUGGUUAUUAUGCUUAUUGGUCAUUUAUCUUUUUCUUUUUCUCUCUUCUUUUCGUUGCAAGUUAAAUUCCCAAUUUCAGGAACAAUUUAUUGAAAUCAGGUAUUUAGCCAUUCAUAAUCACUUCAGUAGAAAUGUUUGUUGGAUAAGCAUCUAGCAAUAUGACUGAAUUUGACAUUGAGAAAAUAAUCUGCAUGUAUGUUACUGAAUAUUUGAGUUGGCAAAUAUCCCUUUAUUAGA